GAAUGAUCGUUCGCUAUUUGGCGGUUGUCGUUUCAUCACCCGUUUUACAGCGGUAGCAUUUCGCCGGAUUACAAAUUCUCUGCCUGUAUAAAUUUCUAAUUCCAAAUUCUCAAAAGUCGCGCAAUUCCAAUACCUCAGCGCUUCACAAUCCCAUUCUUCACCCCCCAGGCGCAACGGAUCCCAAUCGCUCGACGACCUCCUUUUCCCCGACAUCCUCAAUUCUCAUCACAAUCGAGCAAAUAGACACGAUCAUUUGCGGCCCCUCAUCCUCUAUUAGCAACAAUUAUCCAUCUGUCACAUAUAUAUAACCCAAUUGACCGUCACCAUGGAGGCCCGUCUUCUCACGCGACCGGUCGUCCAGCUACUCGCUCCCACUCGCCAAACCACCUCUCUCAGCCCUCUUAUCACGACUCGUGGCCAUAAGACAACAGCACGAACGAAGCGAUCUCUCAAAAUCGCCCCUCACUCCUCCUUUAUGCCCGACCGCUCUACUGCCUUCCCUGCCGCCACAUCCAUCGUCUACAACCCGCCCGCGUCCGAAGCCUCUCCCGACCACACGCCCUUCAUCUUCCUUCCUCAAAACGACCCCAGACGCCCAGCCAUUGAACGCAUGCGCCUCAAGGCUAAAUCCACAGACUCUCAUAUCCCCGGUGUCAGCGAGACGAGGGUGCUCCCCCCGAGUGCGCUGGCCAAGAACCGCGGCAACGCCCCCUCCUAUCACCUCACACAGGCCGAUGUUCAGGAGAUGCGCAAGCUUCGCGAAGAGGACCCGCUCACAUGGAGCAUCAACGCUCUUGCGCGUCGCUUCAAGUGCUCUGACAACUUUGUUAGAAUCGCGGCACCCGCAUCAGCAUCGCACCGCGCAUGGCUACAGGGCAAGAGUGAGCGCCAGCAAGAGAGAUGGGGUCCGAUGAAGACGGAGGCUAGAAGACAGCGCAGACAGAGACAGGAUAUGCUUCUCCGUGGCGAGAUUUAGUUGAUGUGAGGAGAAACCUUGUUGAUAUCCUUGUUGUAUUAUUAUACUCUUCAAAAAGUUUUCUAAGGAAAGGGUUGGCUGCAGUCGCAGUGCUGGAUCUACGCCCACGAAGCCUACACUUUCUACGCGGAUAUGCAGACACUCAUCAUCCGGUUUCCUUUUUUUAUGCAUUAACACAAUUCCAUCUCAGUCUUGGCUUGCGGUCUCGGCAAGAUGCAAAUGCCAGACGCACCAGCUGAGCUACUUGUAACUAUAGCUAUGUUUAUGGACACUCCUCCAGACUAGAAUUUAAAACUACCAAUUUUCAUAUAUCACU